AGCUCCUAUUUUCUCAUUCCCCAUUUCCCCCCCUCAAAUCCGAUAACAAAAGGGGGCUCUCGGCCGCCGCCGCCAAUGGCGACCCUCCUCCGGCGAUCCGCCACCCCGGCGCGCCAGCUCCUCCUCCCGCGCCACCUCGCCGCCGCCGGCUCCGCCCCCGCCUCGUCCCGCGCGUUCUCCCGCUACUACCCCCGCGACGACAACGCCAGGUACGAUCCGCCGGGCACGCCGGUGAACUGGGGCGUGGCCAUUGUCCCAGAGAAGAAGGCGUUUGUGGUGGAAAGAUUCGGCAAGUACAUCAGGACCCUUGGCUCCGGGAUCCACCUGCUGAUCCCUGCUGUUGACCGCAUCGCCUACGUGCACUCGCUCAAGGAGGAGGCCAUCCCCAUCCCCAACCAGUCCGCCAUCACCAAGGACAACGUCCUCAUACAGAUCGAUGGCGUGAUCUACAUCAAGAUCGUUGACCCCUACCUUGCUUCCUAUGGCGCGGAAAAUCCAAUUUUUGCAGUCAUACAACUCGCACAAACAACAAUGAGGAGUGAGCUUGGGAAAAUGACAUUGGACAAAACUUUUGAGGAGAGAGAUGCACUAAAUGAGAACAUUGUGAGGGCCAUCAAUGAGGCAGCAACAGAUUGGGGCCUGAAGUGUCUCCGUUAUGAAAUCAGGGACAUAUCUCCUCCACAUGGUGUUAAGGUGGCUAUGGAGAUGCAAGUUGAAGCAGAAAGGAAAAAGCGUGCCCAAAUCCUUGAAGCAGAAGGGAAAAAACGUGCCCAAAUCCUUGAAUCAGAAGGUGAGGCCGGAGCGGUUCUUGCCUUAUCAGAAGCUUCAGCUCGUGGAAUUAGAUUGGUUUCAGAGGCUAUGACAACUAAAGGCAGUACUAAGGCUGCGAACCUGAGAGUUGCAGAGCAAUACGUCAGAGCCUUCUCUCAAGUGGCCAAAAAGGGCACCACUGUUCUGCUUCCAAGUGAUGGUGGCAAUCCGUCAGCUUUCGUGGCCCAGGCUAUCAAGAUCUUCCAGCAACUCCAGGCCAACAACCCCCAGUUAGACGAGCUGGAGGAAUCAGAAGGAGAGACCGGUCCUGCUGAAACAAGCGAGAUGCCACCACUCAUCCCCGAUGCAGAUCCUGGGACGAACUUCUCGCUCCAACGCCGCAAGAACAAGAUUUGAGUUGCACUCGAGUGCCUGAAGGAAGUCCCUUUUUUUUUAUCUCUUAUUGUUCUGCAAACAUGGGAGUGUCACUGAUAACACCAGUAGCACUAGUUUUCUGAGUCUGAGAAAGUUAAAUGUUCAACGGAGAAGUUAGGAUGCCUAGGCAAUUGGUUUCUAGGAGAUAAAUGCAAGUUUGGUGACCAGAGAGGAAGAUUUUGUUCCAGGGAAGGUUAAACUUUGGCUCGUUCUUAAUCUGAUGGGAAUUUGUAAAAAUGCCAGGUUAGUCUAUCGUUGGUGAAACGAAGUACACGUGAUGGCAAUGUUUUCGUUGAUGCCUUCUGUUACUCUGGUUUUUCCUUGUUCUCCUUAGUUUACCCAGUUCACUUAACCUGUA